CUGCUGCUGCUGCUGCACAGUGAUGCUCUUGGACGGUCCUGCUGUGCGCAACACAACACAUCUGGAGGCCCCGCCCACACCGCCAGCAUUGUAUAUCUUGGCACUGCCGCUGUAAGGCUCACUCACUCCACGGCAGCCGAAGAGAGAGGUUUCUCCCGACUUGUCUCCUUCAAGGCCACCACGCGACGUGCUCGACACCCAUCUCGUGUUCCGGAAGCAGCAGCAGCACGACCGCGCGUCCGGGGCCUUCCUGUUGUGUGUACUCACUGACUUGGCACGUGUUCAAGCUUUGGGAAGAUUCACGAGAGAAGUAACGAGACUCAAGGCGGAGACUACAACAUGUUGAAGCUCCUCUUGAUGGUAGUGGCGGCAGUGGCGGUGUCAUCGUGGGUCGGCGGCGGCGAGGUGAUGGUGGCGGCCCAGUCUGGUGGUGGUGCCCGCGUCGUUUUCACCGAUGAAGUGAGUUGGCGUGGCUACAUGCGAGGCCUUGGUCACAUGCGAGGCCUUGGUCACAUGCGAGGCCUUGGCUACAUGAGGGCCGCGCAGUCUUCCGAAGAGGAUAUUCGAAGAAUCAACUAUCUGCCGAUGCCCGAGCUGAUCUCCAAGACGCGCCCUCCCUGCGUGGACUCCAAUAAUAUCGGGGGGGACCUGUGCGAAGAAGACCCAGAGUACGAUGACAACAUCAAGCGGCGCGUCUCCAUGCUCAUGGAAAGGGACAGAGGAGUGAACGCCUUGUUGAGCGACCCUUCUCUCAGAGGCCUUCUUGUUGAC